CCGAAGCAGUGGCGGGGCGAUUCGGACAGCGGCGGCGGCGGCCGCACAUUCCUGGGCGCUGACAGCCGUUGGCGGCUGUUAGGGAGCGGCCGUUGGCCCACUAACAGCCCCCUCCCCCCCACCUCCUCACCCCCAUCCCUGCCCCGCUUCGCCGCCCUCCUCCGGGAUUAGGGGCUGCCGCCUAGAAAUCCUCUGGCUGGAGGCGGCGGCUUUACCCCCAGCCCCCUCCCUGCCGCCCAGUCCGGCUUAAGCCGCUCUAAUCCUCCUCCUCCUCCCCCUCCUCCCCUUCCUCCCCCGGGCACGGCCAUGGAGUCGCAGCGGCCUCGUUACCGCGCCCCUUCCCCACCGCCAUCCCGCGGCGGGAGGGAGCCCGGGGGCCUCCGUCGGAAGGGCCCGCCCGGGGCCGGCAGCGCCCCGGAGGCCGCGGAGGGCAGGAAGGCCAAAUUCCAUUUAAAUAUCAAGACACUGACUGAUGAUGUGUUGGAUAGGUUUGCCAGUAUAAGAAUUCCAGGAAGCAAAAAGGAAAGACCUGCUCUGCCACAUAUGAAGCAGUCCCACUCUACAGAUUGGUCAUCCACAACUACUGAUGUGGAGGAUUUUGUUCCAAAACCCCUGUCAGAAAGAGAAAUCAUAGCACUGUUUGAAAAAAUGAUGGAAGAUAUGAAUUUAAAUGAAGACAAGAAAGUGCCAUUGAGAGAAAAGGAUUUUAAUACUAAAAAAGAAAUGGUGAUGCAAUAUAUUAGCACUGCUUCAAAGUCUGGAAGUCUCAAGAACCGUCGGAAGAUUUCACCCCAAGAGUUUAUGCAGGAAUUAAAAUCUGGGUCAACAGAUGAAAGACUAGUCACUUGCUUAGAAUCACUUCGUGUGUCCUUGACUAGUAAUCCUGUCAGCUGGGUUGAAAACUUUGGCCGAGAAGGUCUGGGGCUGCUGUUGGACGUUUUGGAAAGACUGGUUGAGACAAAACAACAAGACAAAGUUGUGAAGAGGAGUCAGCAUAAGGUUAUACAAUGUUUGAGAGCCUUCAUGAAUAAUAAGUAUGGAUUGGAAAGAAUUCUGGGAGAAGAGAGGAGCCUUUUGUUGCUGAUCAAAGCAAUUGAUCCCAAGCAAACAAGUAUGAUGACUGAUAUAGUUAAACUCCUUUCUGCAAUGUGCAUUGUUGGAGAAGAAAGCAUCCUUGAAAAAAUUUUGGAAGCUAUAACAGCAGCAGCAGAGGAAAAGAAUGUUGGUAGAUUCUCUCCUAUUGUGGAAGGGCUUCAGGAUAACUCAGUUCAGCUGCAAGUAGCUUGCAUGCAGCUCAUCAAUGCUCUUGUUACAUCCCCUGAUGAUUUGGAUUUUAGGCUUCACAUCAGAAAUGAAUUUAUGCGCAGUGGAUUAAAAGAGAUAUUGCCACAAUUGAAAUGUAUAAAAAAUGAAGCACUAGAUAUUCAGCUGAAGGUGUUCAAUGAGCAUAAGGAAGAAGACAUGAUCGAGUUCUCUCAUCGUUUAGAAGAUAUUAGAUCUGAACUAGAUGAAGUAAAUGAUGUUUACAACAUGGUGUGGAAUACAGUUAAGGACACCAGUGCUGAAGGAUAUUUUCUUUCUAUUCUCCAACAUCUUUUGCUGAUAAGAAAUGACUAUUUUAUACGUCCACAGUAUUUCAAAUUAAUUGAAGAAUGCGUUUCCCAGAUAGUGUUACAUCGAAGUGGAACAGACCCAGAUUUCACGUAUCGUAAAAGAUUAGAUAUAAAUUUCAGCCACUUAGUAGAUAUUUGUGUAGAUAAAGCAAGAUUAGAGGAAUGCGAAGAGAGAGCGUCUGAACUUUCUAGAAAAUUUGAAAAAGAUUUUGUAGUUCAUCAAGAGACCCAGGCCCUACUGCAAAAAAAAGAAGAAAGAAUCAAUGAACUUGAAGCAGAAUUACAAGCUUUUAAAUUGCAGUAUGGCUCCUUGCCACCUGGUUGUCUAUCAACACGUGGAGAUGCAUCUGUCCUUCCAGCGGAUGCUACAGGACCACAUCAGUUGCCGCCGCCUCCUCCACCACUGCCUUCUAAUGGGGCAAUCCCACCACCACCUCCUCCCCCUCCUCCUCCACCAUUUUUGAAUGCCUUGGGAAUUCCUCCAGCAUUGGGUGCCCCACCACCACCACCUCUACCAGGCCUGCCUGGGGCACAGUGGUCUCCACCUUCAUGUACUUUGCCAUUUGGACUGAAGCCUAAAAAAGAGUUCAGACCUGAGGUUACCAUGAAAAGACUCAACUGGUCCAAGAUCAGGCCACAGGAAAUGACAGAAUCCUGUUUCUGGGUUAAGGCAGAAGAGGACAAGUAUGAGAAUGCUGACAUGCUUUGCAAAUUGGAACUUACAUUUUGUUGUCAACAGAGGGGAUGUGACCUGAAUUCUCCUGAAGAAGUAUCAUUAAAAAAAGAAGAGGAAGAUUUUGAAGAAAAGAAAUCCAUUAAGAAACGAAUCAAGGAAUUAAAAGUUCUGGACCCAAAGAUUGCACAGAAUCUGUCAAUUUUCCUUGGAUCUUUCCGAGUGCCUUAUGAGGAAAUCAAAAUGAUGAUACUGGAAGUAGAUGAAACACAGCUGUCAGAGUCCAUGAUUCAGAAUUUAAUAAAACAUCUUCCGGAACAAGAACAACUGAACGCAUUGUCCAAGUUCAAGAGCGAGUAUAAUAAUUUGUCUGAACCAGAGCAGUUUGGAAUUGUGAUGAGCAACGUGAAGAGACUACGGCCACGGCUCAGUGCUAUUCUUUUUAAGCUCCAGUUUGAAGAGCAGGUGAACAACAUCAAACCUGACAUCAUGGCUGUCAGUGCUGCCUGUGAAGAGAUAAAAAAGAGUAAAAGCUUUAGCAAGCUGCUGGAACUAGUAUUAUUAAUGGGAAACUACAUGAAUGCAGGUUCUCGGAAUGCACAGACCUUUGGAUAUAAUCUCAGCUCCCUAUGUAAACUGAAAGACACGAAGUCAGCAGAUCAAAAAACAACGUUGCUCCAUUUUCUUGUAGAAGUGUGUGAAGAAAGCUAUCAGGAUGUUCUGAAUUUUAUUGAGGAUUUUCAGCAUUUAGAUAAAGCUAGUAAAGUCUCAGCAGAAAACCUGGAGAAGAGCCUGAAGCAUAUGGAGAGGCAACUCCAACAGCUUGAGAAGGAUUUGCAGACUUUUCCAGUUGCUGAAGAUAAGCACGAUAAGUUUGUAGAAAAAAUGUCUAGCUUUCUAGUUCAUGCCAAAGAAGAUUUUCAGAAACUCUCACGGAUGCAUGAGAACAUGGAAAAGUUGUAUCAGAACGUGAUGAGAUACUAUGCCAUCGAUCUGAAGAAAGUUUCUGUGGAGGAGUUCUUAACUGACUUAAACAACUUCAGGACAAUGUUCACGCAAGCAGUGAAGGAUAAUAUGAGAAGGAGAGAAGCAGAAGAAAAACAGAGGCGUGCUAAAAUAGCUAAGGAGAAAGCAGAAAAAGAAAAACAAGAGAGGCAACAAAAGAAAAAGCGUUUGUUAGAAAUGAAAACAGAAGGUGAGGAGACUGGAGUAAUGGAUAGCCUGUUGGAGGCCUUGCAAUCAGGUGCAGCUUUUCGAGACCGAAGGAAAAGGAUACCAAGGGCUAAAGACAUACCACAAAAUGUCAGUCCAACCACACAGAGGCCCGUGCUGAAAGCUUGUAACCAUGAGAACCAGAAAGCACAACCAGAGAAGACAUGUUCACACCACAGUAUCAGUUUAAAAUCGACAAGAAGCCCAGUCAACAAAGAAGUUACUUAUGACGUGGAAACAAGUUCUUCUAUGGCACGGAGCAAGGCUGUUGGGAGAAAGGAAGCCUGUAGUGGAGAAGGCAGCAAAGAAAAGAAAACAGAGCGUAUUGGGUCUCCUUCUAAGGGAGAAGCCAUUCCAGAAGUAGAAGCUCUCUUGGCAAGACUGCGAGCACUAUAGAAUAAUCAUAUAAAGGAUUAAAUCAAAGUUUAAACACAAGCUAUAAUAGUGUAUCUCUUCAAGAUACACUAAUUUUCCAUUAUUGACAUCACAUACUUCUGAGUUUCAAACUUCCCUAGGUAUUAAUACUCUACUUCUAAACUUUUUGCAAGACUCCACAAAAUAAUACUGUAGUUUUGCUUAACUUCAAAAAGAUUUUCGUUAUAUAUUUCACCUACUGAGACCACAAAAAAAUGUCAGCGGAAACAAAUAAUAAAUUAUUCCAAGACACAAUCCUUUUAGUCAACAGGCUGCUGACCACAUGUUUUGAGAGCUUCUCAAAAUAGAAGUAGAGUAUCUUUUAAAUAUUGUUAGAUCAUCAUGCCUGGGAAUAAGGGUCAGUAAAUAACAGGAAAGGCAGUCUUAUAUUUUCCACUACAUAUUUUUUUCUGAAGAGAUUUUAUCAUCUAAAAAGUAUUAUUAUAGCAUCAUUUGCAAUUAUAAUAAUGGGAAAUGUAUAUCAUAUAAAUUUCUCAGCCAUGUUCUAGUUUAAGUUCAUCGAAGAGUACCAAAGCUUGCUUAAUUAUAUAUGCAUUUACAAAAGGGAAAUCCAUGGACAGUAAACAAAGAAUCUAUGCAAAUAAUAUACUUUACGUGUGAAUAAUGUAUCACUUCUAUUAAGCUUAGUUAUAAUGAUUAUAUCAAGAUAAUAUAUAUGAUUUCUAUGACUGCAAUGUUUUGCAGUUGUGUCCAUAGUGGGCAAAAGGUCUUUCUUCACAGUUAUUUACGAAUGUAAUUUUUUAUCUUUUCACAUGUGAGUAAGGUAACAUGUUUUUGUAAAAGGAACAUAUAAUGGAAAAGGUUUUUACAAGUGUUUUUUCACAAACUCAUUUUCCAGUAGGCCAUGAAGUCUUAUUUGCUGGCACAAUAGGAAACUUGCACAUAAUUGCUUCUCUUUCAUCGCACUGUCAUUGUACAUUCUUACAUGUUCGCUAUCAUAUUUAUUAAUUGCACAUCAUAAAAAAUUGCUACCUAUGUUACCAAGUAGGAAGAUACUAUUAGUAUCUUUGCUCCAUUAUUUAAAGCUUCCUUAUUAUAAGAGUGUAUUAGGUAUCUAAUAUCUUUCUACUAAAUUACUCGAUUCUUCUUUACAAAAUGCUGAAAAAUGUCUUUCAAUAAGAGUCAGUUACAUGAAACCAGUGUUUCAAUGCUUCAGUGCUUUUUAUAUCCUUGUUUAAGUUGCCUUCUUACUUUCUGCACUAAAUAUUAAUAAAGUUAAUUAGAACUCUGAAAUUGGGCCUGUUUAUACAUACAGCAUGGUGUGUUUUUCAUCCAUCAUGGGAAUCAAUCUCAUGUUUCUGGGGCUGUUGUAACUACCAUUACACACUCUAAUUACAUUUCCAGCGUUUGCUUAAAAAAAAAAAAGGAAGUAUGAGGAGAAGUCAGGGAAAGAUGCAGAGAAAUCCUACCAGACAGUAAUCAGACAGUAAUUUCUUCAGAAAAAAAAAAAAAAAAAAAAAAGGCAAAGCUGCCACAUGAGGGUGCCUUUGGUGCCUUUUAGUGGGUGAGUAGCAACUGCUACUAUCAUAAUAACGAGAGCGUGGGUCACACGGCCUCUCCAGUCACUACAGUAAAAUGUAAGCAAUCACUGUGUGUAAUACAGCUAUUACUAAAGUUCAACUAAGGUCUUCUGCACCUUGUCAACUGUUAAGACUUCCUACCCUUGCUUACAGGGUACCAUACAAAUUACUAUCUACACAGUACAAUAUGCUUGACUAAAUAAAAUUGUUUCUCAAACACAGUGAAAAUGUAUGUUGAAGAAAGAAAAAAAAGACUGCUGGAGGAUGCUAAAAUGAAAGGGCUGGAAGUGGAGAACUGCCUCUAAAAUAUGAACAUGAUGACCUACUAAGUGAAGGUGGAAGUACAGAUUCUUUUUCCUAAACAGUUUGAGGAAGUUUGUUCAUUUGAAUUAGUGGGCAAUAGAACACAGUAAAAAACUGACAGUUCAGGACACUACUGUGUGUAUCAAGAAAAUAAAGUAUAUGAAACUACCUACUGAAAUUUUCAGUAGACAAAGUGUUUCUAGCAGCCUAGCAUCUUCUGAUUUUAAAAUAAAUAUUUACAUUUAAAAUUAUAGAUCUUAAACCCCACUUUUGCACAGGCUGAGAAGCUGUUAGAAAUGUAUUCCAGGGCUUUUAGUUCUUCCUAGAUGUUGUGUUUCUGAAUUAAUCCUUUCAAGCAGCCAUCAAGUUAAUUCAGUUUCUUUUGUAUAACCAGGAAAAAAAAAAAAAAAAAGCCAUACAAGUUUUCACUACCUAUGCAAAUAUAAUAUGUAAUUUUUCUGCUUUAGUAUUUCUUUGUAACAUGGUAAUUUGAUGUAUUCAGAGUUGAAGUACACAGUCCAGUUCAAGUGCACAGCAAGUUUUCUUUCUACAUUUCGUCUUUCUUUAACUUGCCUUGUAAGUAAACAAAUAGGGCAUUUUGAAUAUGAAAAAUAUUUAAAUUGCCUAAUAAGUUCAGGUAAAAAUAAGUUUGAGAAUAUUAUGUCUGCAUUCUAUUACUAUGCUUUUAUGUUUUUAUUAAAAUGUAAAGCUCAGCUUCUAAAUUCUAUGGGGUGAAUUGUUUUAAUUUAAUUUAAAAAUUAAUUGAUUAAUUCAAUUUAAAAUUUAAAGCUAAUUAAAGUUUUUUUAAAAAAUGUGGGUAGACUUUAAUGCUGUGUGCUAGUUAUUUUUAGUAAGACAUUUUUAGUAUCAAGUCUAUUUCCUGAACUGUAGGACUGGACUAUAUACCACUUUUGCUGGCUAUUGAAGAAGGUUUCACAUUCAGUGAAAACCCCUGUUUCUGUAAUUCACACCUGAAAAUUAAAUUCCUAUAAAAAGAGCUUCCUGAUAUCUUCAAACAUGACUGUUCAAAUAAAAGCAUUUGAAA